AUGUCAGCAUCCUCAUUCUGCGCUAGAAAGUCCGCUCUAUUCACUACCUGGAAUUACCUUUCUAGGGUAGAGUUCUCACCUAUUCGCGCCGUUGGUCCUCGGACCAUGGCUACGACUACUGGAAAAGCAAAGGAGUUUCUGUGCAUUCUCCCGGAUAAGCCUAAUGCGCUUGAUAUUAGGAAGAAAGUCAGGGCAAUCCAUUACGAAGAAAUUAAACCUCUUGUUGAAGCGGAAAGACUGGUUGCUGGUGGUGCCAUGCUCGACAAACAUCUAGCAGAAGGUGAAGAUCCGCCGUUCAAGGGCAGCAUGAUUGUCUACACCGGUGAAAGUGUAGAGGACGCCUGGGAGGCCAUUAAUGGCGACAUCUAUGCAAAAAGUGGUGUCUGGGAUCUGAAGAGAGUUCAGAUCAUUCCUUAUGUGUCGGCAAUCCGCAAACCCAUGCCUUGA